AUGAAAAACGUUACGUGUAAAAAGUGCCGGACCAAGCACUUGGAUGUCAAACGGGUCGAAAGCAAUCGGAACGGGAUUCUUUGCUGUUGCUACAAACACGGUCGUGACUACAAGCCAUCAGAAUGCAGUAAAAAGGACUUGACGAACGUGAUUUUUGACAAGGUCAUCGCCCAGAAUAUGGUCAAACUACCCGUCAAGGUUCUGGUGCUCAUGGCAGCUUUGGGGCUUCUUGGAGCGAACAUCUACGGAUUUACCCAAUUGGAACAAAAAUUCGAUCCCAUUUGGUUCGUUCCCGAAUCGUCGCUAGCGCGACAAUUUUCCAACGCAGCGGACGAACAAUUUCCUUCCGGAGGACAAGUUGGAUCAGUGUAUUUCACCAGCCUGAACUACUUUCAAGAUAUUCCGAAAAUCGAACGGAUUCAGCGAAAUCUAUUGGACUCCAAGAAUGCUAGAAUCGGAUCAAUCGAUUCUUGGGCCACUGACUUUUUUCUUUUCAUCAAUACGACUGCCGAAGAAUACGAUAAAAAUCCGAUGAGCAAAGAAAAGUUUUCCGAAACCAUGUGGAGUUUCUUGUGCGAUUCUCCGUACGGGUUUGCUGUGCGCAACAGCUUUCUCUUCAAUAACUCCUUGGAUUGCUUGAACACCGCCAAUCCAGUCAUUGAAGACAUUCAGGCCAGCGUUUUGAAUUACCAAUACGAUUCCAUGAGCGGAUCCGCGAUUCAAAUCGAAGCCAUGAGAACAACCAAGGAAAUCAUUGCUAACGAACAGCUCGUUUCCGUUGAGCCGGAAGCGGAAGUCGGGGCAUUUGCAUUUUCCCCGGCAUUUGGAAAUUGGAUCACUGACGAAGUUAUUGGCGACGAAUUGUUGCGGAAUAUGUUGCUGGCCUUGCUGUGUGUGCUGAUCAUGACAUUGAUACUCAUCGCAUCAAUACCGACUUGCCUGAUGGUGCUGCUUUGUCACUAA